CUUCAGCCAGACAAGAUGCUAAAGCUUACUAUAUUUAGUUUAAAAGAUUCAGUGCGAAUGGAAAAGAGAAGAAAUGGGAAACAAAAAAAUGCGCUGAACUUUACACAAACGGUUGGAAGGAGGAACCACAUCAGUGAUAGGUUCCGGUUUACUACCAGUUCACUGGGCGUGUGUGCAAUUGAAUGAAAAUUACUCUGAAAAAAAGGAAAAAAGCUGAGGACCGGCAAUUCAAGCUGCUGCCCCAGAUCAGCUGGGCUUCAGAAGCUGGAAUAAAGUGGUACUUUGAAAAGGAGCUGCAACAACUGUGGUGGAUGGGCAUAGUGGAGAUAGAAGACAGAAGGAGGAUGAACCACCGACACGUUCAUGACCAAGCAGAAGAGGAGCUCCAGAACUUAGAGUGGUAUCAUGACAAUCUCACACGCCAUGCAGCCGAGGCUCUUCUUCUUUCCAAUGGCAGUGAUGGAAGCUAUCUCCUAAGAAAAAGCAAUGGCAGGACUACUCUUUUUUCGCUUUCUGUAAGAGCAAAAGAUUCUGUAAAGCAUUUUCAUGUGGAAUAUACAGGGAAUUCAUACAAGUUUGGCUUCAAUGAAUUUUCAGACUUGAAAGACCUGAUCAUGCUUGCGAAUCAGCCUUUAAUAGUAGCGAGACAGAUCAAUCACCCCCUUUGGACUUUGAUUGUAUUGAAGUAUCCAUAUCCCAAGAAAGUAGAAGAGCCUUCCAUUUAUGAAUCUGUGCGAGUCCACACGGCUAUGCAGACAGGAAAAACAGAAAUUGACCUCAUUCCCAGUGCUCCGUCGCUAGGGACUAAAGAAGGUUAUCUAACAAAGCAGGAAAUAGUUAAGAACUGGAAAACUAGAUGGUUUACACUGCAUAGGAAUGAGCUGAAAUACUACAAAGAUCAGACGUCCACAGAGCCAAUCAGAGCACUUGAUCUAACUGAAUGCUCAGCAGUGCAGUUUGACUAUUCCCAAGAAAAAGUGAAUUGCUUUUGCUUAGUAUUUCCAAUGCGGACGUAUUACCUGUUUGCAAAGACUGGAGUAGAAGCCGAUGAGUGGAUUAAAAUAUUGCAGUGGAACUGUCCCAGAUAAGAAAAAAACGCCAACAUGACUCAGGCCAUAGUACUUUUGGCUAGAAAUAAAUACUAACUGUACAGAAACCAACAUCGGUUCAUAUUCACACUCCUUCAGAUUUGUUAUUCAGCAUGAAGUGCUGCACCAGAUCUGUUCAGAGGUUUUUAAGCUCUGCAGGUGCCGACUUGCCGACAGCUUAUUUCUAGAACAUUCUUGAACACUCUGUUAAAGCAGAAGACGAUUACCUUGGAAGAUGGAUAUUCACCUAUUCAACAUUUCAUUAUUUUGGAUACAUCCAGUAGUUACUGGCAUUCUGUAUUUGCCUUUGCUGUCAGGUUUUCCCUAGUUCUUUUGUAAGCAGUUUUAGUCAAAGUACUUCUAGUUUCAUAGAACUAGUUGCAAACCCACUCAUCCUUGGCUGCCAUUCCGUAUGCUUCAAACCAUUUACACUCUGGCCUAUUAAAACACAUUACCUGUGCAGUUUUUUUUAAAAUAAUAGUUUUGAUUUCAUAACAGUUCAAAAUCAUUUUCUCAGAACUUCGAUAAUUUUGACUUCCCUGAUGAGCAAUCAUAGAUAAUCUACUGCUAGUGGGACAUUUCUAUGCGCAAGUAAGAUAUUUUUUUUAAUAUUGGGAAUACAGGUAGCUCUUGAUUUACAAUGAUUCCUUUAGUGACUGUUCCAAGUUAAAAUGGCACAGGAAAACCUGACUCAUGACUGGCUCUCACAUCGUUGCAUCCCAGUGGUCAAAAUUUAGGCACUUGGCAACUGGCAUGUAGUUAUGACAGCUGCAUUGUCCCAGGGUCAUGUGAUCACCAUU